AUGGCUCCACCAAAAUUUUCUGAUCUUAACAAACAAGUUUCCGACAUUUUCAAUAAAGGAUUCUUUUUUAAUGUAUUCAAACUUGACGUUAAAACUCGUACAGCCAAUGGAGUGAAUUUUAAUGUCGUUGGCGAACACAACACCGAAACAUCGCGAACAUCCGGAAGUCUCGAAACAAAAUACGUUGUUCCAGAAUAUGGUUUAACAUUUUUGGAAAAAUGGAACACAGAUAAUUUACUUAAAUGUGAAAUAACAGCCGAUAAUCGAUUAGCAGAAGGAUUUAAAGUUGUAUUCGAUGCAAGUCUUGUACCAAAUACCGGGAAAAAAACAGCUGAACUUCGCACAGCAUAUACACACGAUAAAGCUCAUGUUGAAACGAAUGUUGCUUUUGAUAAAGAUGGUCCUAUUCUCAAUGGAGCACUUGUUUUGGGUCAUCAAGGUUGGCUAGGUGGUUAUCAAUAUGUUUUCAAUACAGCUCGAUCAACAUUGACCAAAAAUAAUUUUGCUGUUGGCUUCAAAGCUAAAGAUUUCACAUUAUUUGCAAACAUGAAUGAUGGUAAUGAAGUUGGUGGUAGCGUUUACCAACGUAUCAACGAUCAACUUGAGACUGGUGUACAGUUAGCUUGGACAGCUGGUUCAAAUCAAACGCGAUUUGCACUUGCAUCAAAAUAUCAACUUGAUUCGCAAACUUUAGUUAGCGCAAAAGUAAAUAAUAUUUGUCAAGUUGGUCUUUCAUUUCAACAACUUUUACGACCAGGUGUCAAAUUGACUUUGUCGGCAUUGUUCGAAGCAAAAAAUUUGAACGCCGGUGGACACAAAGUUGGCUUCGGACUCGAACUUGAUGCAUAA